AUGCUGCCGUGGCGUAUUCUUGGGAAGAAACGGGAGCACCGCUUCGCCCGCUUGCGGGAUGCGUCCUCCGCAGAGCUGCGAGAGAGGCGGGGUCUGUUAAGGAGGCGAAGCCAGAGAGAGUGGAAGGAAGCGGCCUGUGACGUCGGCUGCCGGGAAAGGGGCCACUGGGACCUCGGCGGCGCCGCUUCCGGACCGCAGCGGCAGAAGAAGCGGGCGCCGGCGGCCGGGCCCCGAGGUUGGCACUCCUGGCCGCGACGCCAAGGUCGCGCCUUAAUACGGAGCGCCGCGCCGCGUCGGCCGGCCGCUCUGACCUUGCCUGGCCUGCCAUCUGCACUGCGGGGAUUACCGGCACCUACUAUUCGCGACAUCCUCACCCACUGGUGGCAGUCUUGCUGCUGGGGUCUUGCUGGUCCCUUGGAGGAACUUCCGCAGUUGGGUUUCCGCAAAGCAGCCGAAGGCCCGGCAGCAAGCACCGCCCCCGCCACCCCCGCCGCGGCAACCACCGGUCCCUUCCGCGUUCCCGUCCAGCCCAGCUGGAGAGCUGGGCUGACCCAGAUGCGUCCGCGGUGCCUGGCAGGUACGGGAGAUGAAGCAGAGCUCUGUGAGCAGCAGACGGCCAGCCUAGUUGGGGCAGUAUGUGGCGGCGGGUGCUACCGACGGCGCGCCGGCCGCUGGACAAGGCGGCCGCUGUCUGCAGCCAACAGGGCGGACGCGAUGACGUCACACAGUGGGCGCAGGCGACGAGGGGCCCAGUCUGUCUGCCCAACUUCACGAGGAGCUCGUGAGCCGACAGUGGCUUUUAGUGGCCGCGUGACGUGGGCCACGCCCACCGUACGUGGAGUGCCCUGUCCCGCUGCAGUGAAAGCUGCACGUUCGUCCGUGUCUGGUGCGAUGCGGAUACCGUUACGCGACAACAUAAAAGACAAUAGGGAGGAGCAGGAGCCCGCUGGUUUUCUGCAGAACUGGCAGUGUCGACCAGGGGACGACGAUAACUUGGCGGCGGCACGGGUGUCAGGGAAUCCCGGCUGGAGAGCGGCGGCGCCAAUUCUAUUCUGUAUACCUGGUGACGUGUUUCUGGCUUGCAACACUUUGCCCGGCUCGCCUGGCUACUGCCGCAUCUCCCACAGUGGUGGGGCUCAAGCAGUGACGGGAGCAGAGGAGCCGCUCGCUGACGUGUUCCCUCUCUGUGUUGCAGACGAGUGGCGGCCGGCCCAGCAGUGGGAGGGCCACGUGAGCGCCGCCCCCGCCGCCGCCGACGCCCCCCGCAGCCGCGCAGGCGGGCACGCGAUGGAGGCGGCGCCGGACGCGACCCGGCCGCCCCCAGCGUCUCCCGUGCCGCCCCCCAGCGCGUCGCGACUGCCCCCGGACGGGGACGAGUUCCCCGCCUCCUACACCGACCCCCACCCACACCAGCACCCGCCGCCGACGCCUCCGGCUCUGCUCGACCACAAGAUGGACAGCAAACAACCGCAGCCGCCGCCGGUGCCCAGCAAAUCGUGGGCCGCGCCUGCCGCCCCCGCGCGGGACGCCGCCCCCGCACGGGACGCCGCCCCCGCCGGCCGGCGGCCGCGAGACGACGCCAGCGAGCGCAGCGUGCGCGACAAGAUAGCCAUGUUCUCCCAGCCCGGCGCCGCCCCCGCACCGGCUCCCGCGCAUGCGCAGCAGCCGGCUGCGGCGUCGCCGCUGCGGCGGCGCUUCAGCUCCGCGGCGGACCUGUCGGCGCCCUCCGCCUCCGCCUCCGCCGUCCCCGCCGCCCCCGCCGCCGCCCUUGCCAGCCCCGCGGGCGGCCUGUACUCGCGCGUGGGCGGCAGCCAGCUGGACGUGCGCACGUCGCCGCUGGACCGCUCGCAGAGCUUCCUCGACCUGUCCGCCACCCCCGCAGCCAGCGCCGCCCCCGCCGCCGCCCCAGCCCCCGCGAGGGAGCGCUCUGCCGACGCGCAGCAGGCCACGGCCUCGCUUCCGCGGAGGACGUCCUUCAGCGGCACAGGCCUGCUGCACUCGCGGUCGCAGAGCCUGCUGGACGUGCGCGCGCACCGCAACAGCAUCGCGGGGGAUCCCCGCGUCGGCCAGAUGAUGGAGCGGCGGCAGCGCGGCCUGUCCAAGCUGCGGGGGCUCGUCAUCCCAGAGCGCGUGCCUGAGCUGCCGGUGCUGCUGCCGGAUCUGCCGGAGAUCAAGUCUGUACCUCCACCACCUGUCUCUACAAGGAGCUCAUGGACUCCUUCUUCCUCAACUCCAACCAAGAGAACGACAGCGACAAACUGGACCCGGUCAGGUCUGUCCACGGCACCUCUGAACAGGCCAACCAGCUGGCAGUCAGAAAACGUGGCACCUUUAUCACAGAACCAUUUCAGUGCUCCAAAACCAUUAAGUGCUACAGCUGCAUCUCCAGUAACAAGCUGGAACCCAUCGACUGUGGCCACACGAGAGAAUUCUCGUCCAUCCUGGUCUUCAUCAGCAUCUGUUCCGAAGUAUUCACCUGCCUUCAAGCGAAAGAGCCUCUCUGUAAGCUCUUCACUCAGCUCGUCUCUGUCCUCGAGUCGCGAGGAGCUGCGGCCAUUGUUUGAGGGGACUCCUAACACCCGGCCACCACCGCUACCAUCCUCCAGACCACCACCACUUCAGCCACCUGCAGAACCGAAGUCAUUAGAAAGCAUCGCUUCAUCCCCUACACGCUCGGACAUCAGCUUUGACUUUAAAGUCGGCGCAGUCCGGAGCCCUUCUGCUGCACCGGAGACAGAUGUACUUACCCCUCACAGCAAAGGUGGUGGAGGAGAUGAUUCUGAUGACUCAGCAGUCAGUUCGAGUCGCUCGAGCCAGUACUCCCCACCGUCAUCACCACUACGUAGAACACUCGCUUCUGGCACUGACCAGUCGAGCCACACUGGGCGUGUGCUGAAGCCAAAGAGUGUGGAAGCCAUAAAUCGAAAAAAUGUUUUGUCGUCAGCUAGACACAGCAGUGGAAGAGACCUCAAGGCCGGCUCACCCCUGAUACAGCGAAAGAUGCCUGAAGACAGUGCCACAGAAGUAAACAGUGCUAUUGUUACACCUAUUGAAGAUAAUAGUGCCAUACACACACAAGAGGAGAAAAUACAUCAGUAUAGCCAGAACACAGAAAAUGUAAGCGAGAAGGGUGGGGCAGAAAAUCUAGUAAAUAAGGGUGAAAAUAAUAAUGCCAAUUUGUAUGACAGACCAGAUGAUGAUGCUACAAUUGAGCACCGACAUGUUGGAAAACAGGAAGUUGUUGAAGCUAACAUUAGAAGAAACAUUAAUAGUACACCAGUUAGCCAUUAUAAGACUGAAGAAAGGUUAUUCAGAGCACCAUAUUCCAAUUUUGACCAGAUGAACAGCACAUUGCAAGGAAAAGUUGAUGAUAGGAUUGCAAUGGUGCAUCACAGAACAGACAAUAGUUCUACUACUGUCAUUCGGAGAAGCAUGGAGAUCGUCACUUCAGUUGGACCAAGUAAAUCAACUGGUGACAAACAAGCUCCACACUGGAGCACCUCCAGAGAGCGACAUACUGGUUCUGUUGGGGACGAUAACAGCUCUUUUGCAGGUCAAAAAGAGGGAAAAAAUGAUGAAGUAAGAAGCAAUCUGGAAGCUCCUACUGACAGAUUUGAUACUAAGGAGAAAAAUAAUAGAUUGUCAACCAAUAAUAAUAAGUUUGAAGGUGAUGAAACUAGUAAACACCAAUUUGCAACUGCUCGAAGCAAGUUUGAAGACAGCUCAAUUGCUGGAAGGCCAACAUACCAGAAAUUUGAGGAGAGCAAAGUAUUUCCAAGGCAAAGGAAAAGUGAUGAAAAUAGUGCAGUCCUUCGGCGUCAAAAUGCCAUUGAAGACAACAUACUGGAGUUGAAUGGAAAUGACCCCAUCAUAGACAGCAAGUCUCCCCCCGUGGCAGCUCCACGCCGCUACGUGACUCAGUGGGAGGCUUCUUCCCCCGGCAACACGUCACCAUUAGAGAGCCCAUUAUCACCUGUACCUCCUUCAGUUCCUCCUAAACCCACCUCCAAAUUGUCAAAUGGAAGUAAUGGAAGCAUCACGAGGCAAGACUCAGGUCCUACACUCGUAAAGCACUUCAGAGGUUCCUCUCUGGACUCUACAGCCAGCGAUGACAACACUCUGCGAGAUAGUGUGCUCUACGGGAGUGUCUCCUCACUUUCUUCAGCUUCGAGCCUCAUAACACCACAGGAACUACAGCAGCUGAUGAAUGAGGCAAAUCAGAGUCUUGAUGAAAGUGGUUUAUGCAGUCCAGUCACAUUAGAAGUAAUAGUUUUGCAUAGGGAUCCAGCUGGCGGGGGUGUCGGUAUUACACUGGCUGGUGGAGCAGACUAUGAAGCCAAGGAAAUAACUGUACAUAAAGUUUUGGCAGGCAGCCCUGCAGAUAGAGAUGGGCGUCUACAGAAAGGGGACCGCAUUCUUUCAAUUAAUGGUCACAGCAUGAAAGGCGUCACUCAUCAAGAGUCAUUGCGUAUAUUGAAGUCUCCCUCAGCAGAAGUUGUGCUAGUUGUGAUGAAGAAGGGAUCAGAGGGCGUAUCAAGUCCAUCAUAUGAGGAACCCUCAUUUGGCCGUAAAAUGGCUCCAUUUAGAGUACUUGAACAGUUGAAAGAGAAUAGUGUUGAAACAGUAGUUACAAGUGGUGUAUUGCUGGACGGUAAUGAAGGUGGUCCCCCUGUGAAUCUGGUACUGUGCAAAGAUGGAGCAGGACUAGGCUUCAGUUUGGAUGGUGGCAGAGACUCACCACUUGGUGACAGACCAUUAACUGUGAAGAAAAUAUUCACAGGUGGAGCAGCUGAAAAGCAGGGGCAGCUGAAAGCGGGAGAUGAACUUCUGGCAGUGGCUGGCUCUGAUGUCACCAACAUGACUAGGAUUGAAGCCUGGACACUCAUGAAGAAGCUGCCAAGUGGUCCUGUCACUAUUUCUAUCAGGCCAAAAGCUGCAGUGUGACACUAAUUAGAAUGUAGGUUGUGCCAAAAGUGUGAAAUUGGGAUUCCUAAAAUAAAACUGUGGAAAUGAUCACAACAUAAGGUAUCAUCUGCUGCUUCACAAUGUUCAACGAGCAGCAGGUAGAAAAAAAUGCUUGAUGAAUGUGUAUCAACGUCAGAUGAUUCAGUGGUUUGCUAAAGUUGCACUGUAAGUGUUGUAUGUAAUAUAAGUGACAGUUAACUGUCACUGUAAAAUGCAGACAUUGAAAGAAACUUACAUUUCAUAGGGGAAUGUGUGCAAUGUGAUGUAUGCAUCAACAUAGUGUAUGUUUAUUUUAACUACAGUAUCUGAGUAUCAUACUACUAAAUCCUGUAACUUUGUACGAAGGAAUGGGAAAAUUUAUUUGGUGAAUUAAUCCAGCUAUGUCUUCCAGAUAGUGCUGUUAACCAUAGUAAAGAUGGUAGUGACAGUGAACUAUCAACCAAGUGUUUUGCACUUACUGACCUGGAAGGCAACUGCACAUAAAAUUGUUAUUGAUAAAUACAUAGAUAAAUAUAUAUUUUUAGGAGAAAUGUUACUGUUAGCAUGAAUAUUAUUCAUACUGUUAAUACAAUUGUGUUGUAUGUAAUAAUUUAUUGUUGUGUUAUUUCUUCAGAAUUUUAUAGAUACAGCUGCUUUAACUAUGGCAGCUUCAUCAAUGUAGAAAUGAAAUAUGUUAAAAGAAUGUAUAUAUUAAACAUUUAACAGUGCUUUGUAGCUCAUAUUUUAAUACUGUUUUCUUAUCUUUCCUAGGAAUAUCUGAAAUAUUAACUAAUUGUGAGAAUAUUUGCCACAUUGCAAUCAUCACAUACACCGAUGUUAUUUUUUUCAACAGGAACCAGACAAUUGUAAUGAGAUCACACAAAAUGUCUCAUAUUAUGUUCAAAGAGCAAUAUGCAAGCCUCAUUUUGUAUCAACAAAUGUCUAUUCUGCCCUGCCAGUUAGCCAUACUGAGGAAAUUUUAUAUCAGUAGAGUGACAAAGAAAUUAAAUGUUUUGAAAGUUUUUUGAAAUUAUGUCAUCUACAGUUUGAAACUUCCAAGCAGAUAUAGAUGUAGAUAUGUGUGACAGGUCUGAUUCUCGAACCUAUGUGUUUAUUCAGUACAAAUUAUUCUCUCCACAAAAAAAACACCCCACUGAAAAAUUUUUCUCCAUAAAAACACAUCUGCACACUAUCUGAGUACUGCUGUUUAGGUGUGACGUACUGUAAUUUUUUGUAUAUAUGGAAGGGCUGUCAACAAUUUUUUGACAGAAUGUAAGCAAAUGUAACAUUAAUAUUGAUGUUCGUGGUGCUAUUGACACUAUAAUUCCUGUAUUGUGCCAUUAAUAUAAAAUUGUUGCUAUUUUUAACACUAGGUGCAUUUUGUAAAAAGUCAGUAUUCUGUGAUACUGAGAGGAAGAGUUUUGUAAUGAUCAAAUGUUCCAGAGCAGCUUUUACAAAAAAAAAAGGAGCACUGUUAUUUUAUUGAACAUAAUCUGCAUUGAAAUUUGUUCAGUCCCAUAAUCAUGCCUGUGGUAUUAAGUCGGUAUCUAAGGCAGAUAAUAUUUGUUUCAGAAUAGGUUGUAGUGAGUUUUAUACUUAUUCAUUGAGAGUAUGAGACAGUAAACAGUAAAUUUCAAAACUGUGUUUAUGGUAUUUCCCCAUUUAACAACUUGAAACACAUUAUAUCUGUCUAAAAAUAAUUCUUCCAGAAAGUAGAGAGUAAAAUGGGUAGUGCUAUUGAUUUGAUUUGAUUUGAAUGGAUUUGAUAAAGCUGAUAUAUUGUGACUGGUUGAAUUGCUAAAUGCUAUAUCACAAUAGCAGUUGUUACUUUUUAAGAAUUUAUGCUCUGAAUUUAUGUUGUAAUAUAUUUGUGCAGAUUUUCAUUGAAAUAAAGACCAGUAAGUGGUUUCUAUA